AUGAAUAAUAAUUUCCAUAAUAAUGUUAAUAACUUGGGAAUGUAUGCCCAACAGCAACAGCAAAUGAAUCGUGUUAAAAUUUGCGUCAGGAAUGUACAGGGCCUUAGCAUGCAACAAUUGUUGAAUUUUGUCAGUAAGAAUGCCAGAGUAUCUUUGAUGGAUGCUAAAUUUGAAGGUAAUACAAUUGUCGGGUAUGUGAACAAUAGACAAGAUGCACAAUUGUUAAAUAAAUGGAACGGUGUUCGUUUAGGAAACUGCAAUUUGAAAUUUGAAAUCAUGGAUGGACAAAAUAGUUCUCCACAUACCCAAAGCACCAUCAUGAUGUUGAAGAAUUUCUUAUAUAGACGUUACAAUCCUCAACAGAAGAUGUUAGACCUGUCAUCUUUGCAUAACGAUCAAGAAUUGGUCCAAAAUGGUCUAUUUUCUUCCAUAGCUACUCAAUCCAAGAUGUUUCCAGCUUUGAUGAAAGUUAUUUCACAAGAACCACAACUUAUUAUUGAAAGUGUUAAUUUAGCUGGUAAUAAUUUGAAAGAUAUCUUUGGGAUUACAACUUUGGCUCAAACUAUACCAAAUUUGAAAAAUUUAUGUUUAGCUAAUAAUCAAAUUUCAGCAUUUAAAAGUAUGGAGAAUUGGAGAAAUAAAUUUAAAGAAUUGAAUGAAUUAUUGAUGCUUAAUAACCCUAUUACUAAUGAUAGAUCUUAUCGAACUGAAAUGUUAAGAUUGUUUCCUAAAUUAGUAAUGUUAGAUAAUGUAGUUGUAAGAGAUGCUGCAAAGUUAAAAUCUGUUUUUAGUCUACCCAUGCAAAUUCAACAAUUCUUCUUUGAAACAAGUGAAUUAGGUCAAUCUUCAUUAGAUUUUAUCAAAAAUUUCUUAAAUUGUUGGGAUACAAAUAGAGAUCAAUUAUUACCAUUAUACACUCCACAAUCCUCAUUUUCAUAUGCUGUAGAUUCCUCCAUUCCAGCUUCAACUGUUCCAGAAUCAGAUCAACAUCCUUCAUUUGGUUAUUAUCUUUCUUCGUCUCGUAAUAUUACAAAAAUCUCUUCUGAAAAAGCUGUUCAACAAAGGUUAUAUAUGGGCCAAGAAGCUAUUAACAAUAGUUUUAAGUCAUUACCUAUGACAAAACACCAUUUAGAUGAUGAUCCUAAUGGUUAUUCAGUACAAACCAUUUCAUUAUCGCAAUUAAAUGGAUUUAUGAUUACAUUACAUGGUUAUUUUAAUGAAACUGAAAAACCAUUAAACACAAAUAAUUCAAAUUCAAAAAAUUCGAGAAACAAAAAAUAUUCCCAUGGUUAUUCUUCCUCUACAAAUAAAUUAUCAAAAAAAUCAUUCGAUAGAUCAUGGGUUAUUGCCCCAGCAAAUGGUGGGAUUGUUAUUGCAUCAGAUCUCUUAACAAUUCGUCCAUAUUCUUCAAAUUCUUGGUCUAUACCAAAACCAGAAAACCCAACCAGUACAACUUCAAAUACUCCAGCUUCUGGUGUUAAUAAUAUUCCAACAGGUAUACCUGGCCCACAACCUCCAAUAAUAAAUCAGCAAGGUAUGGGUAAUCCUCUUGGUAUGCAAGGUGGUAUAAACAAUACAAAUCAAGGGAUUAAUCCUCUAAAUAAUGGACUGCAACCAGGAAUGUCUGCUACUGGUCCAAUUAAUGCAAUGAAUAAUCAACCUGGCCCAAUUUCUUUAGCUCCAACUUUACAACUUCCUCCAAAUAUUCAAGCUAAUUUGAAUCCAAUACAGUUAGAUACAUUGAAUAAACUUCAUUUACAAACAAAAUUAAAUUCUGAAUACACCUAUAUGCUUGCUGAACAAAGUGGUUGGAAUUAUGAUAAUGCAUUAAAAAGUUUCCAAAGUAGCAUAAAUAAUUUACCGAGAGAAGCUUAUAUUCAAUAA